AUGGCUUCAUCGGCGAUUCCCAUGGCCCAGCUCGGCGGGCGUGCCUUCAACCACGGCACCAGCGAAGAUGUAGAAGCCGAGUAUGACCGUCUGCGGGAUUUGGCACGGAGUGAGGGUGACAAAAAGAAGUCGUGCUUCGAUCGUGCGCACGAAGCAUAUGAGCGUGGCGAUGGUGCCGAAGCCAAGGCCUUGUCAGAUGAAGGCAAACGACACCAGAAAAAGCAGGCCGAAUAUAACAAGCAGGCAUCCGAGUUCAUCUUCCGCGAGAACAAUGCGCCGGGUCGCGUAGCCGAUGACACCAUCGACCUCCACGGCCAGUUCGUUGAGGAGGCCGAGGACAUCCUUGAGGCGCGCAUCCGCCAUGCCCAGGCCACUGGUCAAACCCAUCUGCAUGUCAUCGUCGGCAAGGGCAACCACUCUGCUGGAAGGGUGCAGAAGCUGAAGCCGCGAGUUGAGCAGCUUUGCAGGGAACUCGGUCUGGACUAUGCCACCGAGGAGAACGAGGGCCGUCUUUAUGUCGACUUGAAGGGCGGUCGCGUCGAAGCCCCGCCGCCGCUCCCAGCCCAACCUCAUGGCUAUCAGGGAGGCUACGGCGAUGGCCAGCGCCCUCAUGGAGGAGACCAUCAGCAUCACCGCCCGCAACAACACCACCCGCAACAGCAGCAACAACAACAACAACAGGAGGACGAGGGCGACUUCUUGAGCAACUGUCUCAAGGGCUGCUGUCUUGUCAUGUAGGACUAUCUGGAGCGUUCCGGUGCGGGACUGCGAGCCCCUGACGCCAGGGCUUUUUUGGGGAUGAUGAUUUAGUUGGAUUUGGACGAGGCUGUGUUGCGCGGCCGUUGCUGAGUCGCUGCUGGACUUGGACAUGUCAUCGGGUAGACAACAUAGCUUGGAGGAAAGAGAACAGCACCGCUUGCGUGGUGGUGCUCCGACAUGUUUUGGGUAUUCGUCAGACAUCUCAUCGCACUGUCUUUGCCCGACAUUGCCGCCAGGUGCCGUAUAAAGGACACAGGGCCCUGGGAAUUUGCCUGAUUCCUCACUUUGUAUUUUCAAACACCAUAUUUUUGCACUCUACUAUAACUGCGC